GGCCCUUUUCGGCUGCUUAAUUCCCUUCCCUUCCCCCACCCCUCCGGGAGCCCGGGACGGCAGGCCCGACUCCCGGCUAGGCCUUUGCCCUGGCCCUUUCCUCGGCCUUGGCCCGGGGUUGGAAGCGAUGGAUGCGUUUCAGAGAUUCAGUACUAAACAUGGGUGCAUUUUUGGACAAACCCAAAACUGAGAAACACAAUGCUCACGGUGCUGGGAAUGGUUUGCGUUAUGGUCUAAGCAGCAUGCAAGGAUGGAGAGUAGAAAUGGAAGAUGCUCAUACAGCGGUUGUAGGUAUUCCUCAUGGCUUGGAAAACUGGUCGUUUUUUGCUGUUUAUGAUGGUCAUGCUGGAUCUCGAGUGGCAAAUUAUUGCUCAACACACUUAUUAGAACAUAUUACUAAUAACGAAGAUUUUAGGGCAGCAGAAAAACCUGGAUCUGCUCUUGAACCUUCAGUGGAAAAUGUUAAGAGUGGAAUCAGAACUGGCUUCUUGAAAAUUGAUGAAUACAUGCGCAACUUUUCAGAUCUCAGAAAUGGAAUGGACAGGAGUGGCUCAACUGCAGUGGGUGUUAUGAUUUCACCUGAACAUACCUACUUUAUCAACUGUGGAGAUUCACGUGCUGUCCUUUAUAGGAAUGGACAAGUCUGCUUUUCAACCCAGGAUCACAAACCUUGCAAUCCAAGGGAGAAGGAGCGAAUCCAAAAUGCAGGAGGCAGUGUAAUGAUACAGCGUGUAAAUGGUUCAUUAGCAGUUUCUCGAGCUCUGGGGGACUAUGAUUACAAAUGUGUGGAUGGCAAGGGUCCUACGGAACAACUUGUUUCUCCAGAGCCUGAGGUUUAUGAAAUUUUAAGAGCAGAAGAGGAUGAAUUUGUCAUCUUGGCUUGUGAUGGGAUCUGGGAUGUUAUGAGCAAUGAGGAGCUCUGUGAAUUUGUUAAAUCUAGGCUUGAGGUAUCUGAUGACCUGGAAAAAGUGUGCAAUUGGGUUGUGGACACUUGUUUACAUAAGGGAAGUCGAGAUAACAUGAGUAUUGUGCUAGUUUGUUUUUCAAAUGCUCCUAAGGUCUCAGAUGAAGCAAUGAAAAAAGAUUCAGACUUGGAUAAGCACUUGGAAUCACGGGUUGAAGAAAUUAUGGAGAAGUCUGGUGAGGAAGGAAUGCCUGAUCUUGCCCAUGUCAUGCGCAUAUUGUCUGCAGAAAAUAUCCCUAAUUUACCUCCAGGGGGAGGUCUUGCUGGCAAGCGCAAUAUUAUUGAGGCUGUUUAUAAUAGACUAAAUCCACAUAGAGAGAAUGAUGGGGGUGCUGGAGAUCUAGAAGACCCAUGUUUUACCUGUAAUACCAGACUGGGUUCUCCAACAGUGUCCAAAUUGUGAUGUUGCCUUGCUUCAAGAUAAGUGUGUUUGGCAAUAAUAAGAUCAUUUUAGGCAUCAAAAUUCCUUCAGAAUUUUACCCAUGUGCACAACACAUCUUUAACUUCUAACUUUAGAAGUCUCCUUAAACCAAACUGAUUUAACUUAUAAUUAGUUGCAAUUUGCUUUGACAUCUCACUGCUUCAGUUUUUUAUUAUGAAAAUUUGCCUUCAUAAUGUAAAUUGUGAUUUUUUUUUGUUCUAAAUGUGGUUUUUCUAUAGUUUGAAUUUUCAGCUUAAGAUAAAAACAGAAGUUUUAUGUAAAAUUGGUAUUUUUAUUUUGCAUUAUUUUCAGAACUCAGAAUAUCACUUUGAGAUUACUAUAAAUACAGUUAAAAUUAUCUAUUUUAGAUCUAAGAAAAUAUUACAGAGAUAUUUUCAUGGGUUCCGUGACCUUUCAUUUUAUAAACAGUGGGCAUGGUACAGAGUGGCUGUCAUGUAAGGUACUUGAAGAUUCUUAGUUUAAUUCUAUUUUUGCAAUAACAUUAAUUUUUCUGAAUUCUUUUGAGUUGUGCAUGUAUUAAGCCCAGUUAAUGCUGAACAUGAAGAGUAUUUAUCUAAAAGAAGCUAUUGGGUAGGGGAAGCAAUGAAUGUAUCCAUCUGUAUAUGAUUUACAUGAUGUGGAUGCCUUGUAAACAUCUUCCUAUUUGUUUAAACUGUGUUUCAGCGAGGAUGUUAUUGCCCUGUGUGUAGUUUAAGCUAAUGAGUCAUCAACUGGUUUUGUGUGAAAUGGAAUUCAUGGUAUUUUCUGUAACUUUUUCCCUAAGCUGUGUCUGUAAAGUGACACAUUUGCCUACAGCCAGCUUUUCUAAUCAUCCAAUUUCAUUGUGCAUCUGAUUUUUUUUUGUCUAUAGACAAUUAUUGCCACGGUAUUAUUUUAUUUAUUCAUUAGAUUUUAGCCUUGUAAGUUAAAGUGUUUUAAAUAAUGUUAACCGGGUUUGGGGGUUGUUAAAAGAUAGGGAAUGAAGAAUGCAAAAUGGUUUAUUGUUCAGACUGUUAGCUCUGGUUCAACCCUGUACUGAUGAUAGUACCUCCCAGUAUGAUAUUGUGAUGUUUCAUACAAUGCAGUGAACAUAACCAACUUGUUAUCUUCAAUAAAGGAUUGAUAAAAACAGUG